UUAACAGUACGAGAGUUGACAAGAGUAAAAUGAACAUCCAAAUCCUAAUCUCAAAAAUAUUACAGACCUAAUUCAAAAGCGCAAUCUAGCCAAGUCUUCUGUCUCUUUUUCUUUUCUUCAAUCUGUGUCUUCUCACCAUUCAGUUCAAUUCGAUUCUAAUCGAAAAGAAAAGAGAAGAAAAAAUGGUGUCGUCGCAAGUUGUGAAUACAUACCCGUUGUCGAGCUACACGUUUGGCACAAAGGAGCCCAAGAUGGAGAAGGACACCUCCGUCGCCGAUCGUCUCGCUCGCAUGAAAGUCAACUAUAUGAAGGAGGGAAUGAGGACCAGUGUGGAAGGGAUUUUACUGGUUCAAGAACAUAAUCAUCCACAUAUACUUCUUCUGCAAAUUGGAAACACAUUUUGCAAACUCCCGGGUGGUCGUCUCAAACCAGGAGAGAAUGAAAUUGAGGGCUUGAAGAGAAAGUUGACUAGCAAGCUUGGUGCUAAUUCACCAGCUCUUGUGCCUGACUGGCAGAUAGGUGAGUGUGUUGCAAUCUGGUGGAGGCCAAAUUUUGAAACCAUAAUGUAUCCAUACUGCCCUCCUCAUAUCACAAAACCCAAGGAGUGCAAAAAACUUUUCCUUGUUCACUUAUCUGAAAGGGAAUACUUUGCAGUGCCCAAAAAUUUAAAACUACUUGCUGUGCCAUUGUUUGAACUCUAUGACAAUGUUCAGAGAUACGGUCCAGUUAUAUCCACCAUUCCUCAGCAGCUAUCCAGAUUCCAGUUUAAAAUGAUCACUAAUUGAACGUAAAUUUGAAGCUCACAUGCUGAUAAAUUACUACUGUCUUUUUUAUUUUGGUAACCAGGACUGCCAUUAUCAUUGUUGCGUAGAGAGAACUGAGUUUUGAAGUGAGUUUCUGAGUAGAAUAGUUAUUUAGUGACAUGCUUUGUCUGUAUUUAUUCCUUGCACUAUGGGUAGACCUCGAUUAUCAACCAUCAACCGAAAAGAUGCAAUCAAGUAUUCAACUUGUAGGUUUAUGCCUAAUACCCCAGUAGAAAUCAAGGUGAUAAAGAAGUGCCUUCUGUUCAUGUCUGUUGCUUCUGCCCUCCUCAGGUUGCCAAUAUUGGUGUGGAAAGGGGCAUUGGUUUUCGUUGCCAGUUUUUCUGGUGAAAGGCAUUGAAUGGCAAAAAGUAUGCAUUUGAAAUUCAAAUAUAAUCCUCGUGGGAAAAUUUAUACAACAAUGACUAAAAUUUAAAUCC